AUGGAGGACGCUACUAUACAUGCCACAAAAGCACAGGACAAGACGGUGGAAUUGGAUGUGCAAUUCAUUAACCCCUAUAAAGGUCGUGGGGUGUUUGCCAAAUGCCAAUUUGGAAAGGGUGACUUCGUGGUUGAGUACAGAGGAGAUUUAAUAACUUGGGAAGAAUCACAAAGAAGGAGGAGGACUUACCACAGAGCGAGUGCCGUUUUUCUUUAUGAGUUCUACUGGAAGGAAAAAAUAUGGUGUAUUGAUGCAUCCCGAGAAGAUGGUAGCCUUGGACGACUCGUCAAUGAUGACCACAGGCACCCAAACUGCAAAAUGAAGAGGGUCAUAAUAGAGGGCAAACCACACCUUUUCCUCUUUGCAUUGAGGGAAAUUCAUCCAGGACAAGAAAUCACAUAUGACUAUGGGGGAAAAGAUUGGCCAUGGAGAAAACAGACACUAGAACAAAGUGAUGCUGACGUUGAGUCAUCUGACAGUGCAGUCUUCUCUGCUGUUCUGGAAACUUCAGAGAGGCCCUCAACUUCCACCAUGAAGACACAAGAACAAACAAUUGAUGCUGACGUUGAGUCAUCUGACAGUGCAGUCUUCUCUGCUGUUCUGGAAACUUCAGAGAGGCCCUCAACUUCCACCAUGAAGGUAGGAAUGAGUUUGUUCUGCAAUGUUUGCUCUUGUGCACACUGCCUGGUUUAG